UGGGCGGGAGGGUGGGAGGAGUACAACACGCGGCAGUCUUCCUCUUCCAGCCAGACUGACGAGAUCCACACCCUCCGUUUUCUUUACCAGUGCCACCCCACGCCAGGAUGCCUGACGCCCUAUGAAGUGUUGAGGCACCACACACACAGGAUGCUGGUGCCUGGUGUCCUAUGGAGCGCCGUGGCCUUGUUCCUCGCGUGUUCCAUUACCAACGCUACGGACGAGGCUGAGCAUGUCCACCCACCAGCCAAUGACACGCAGGCACCACCGAAACCCGUGGCGCUGAUUGGACAACACUGGGGACCGAGACCAAGACACCCAGUUAGAAUCCCCGUUAUUGUAUCGUGUCGUGAUCCUCCGCUGCCCCACACACUGUACACGCACGCCCUUGAUAGUAUACAGAGGGGAAAAGCGUCUCUAGAGGGGACUAUGAGGAUGAAAGGCGCUUAGGGGACUCUGGGGAACGAGAAAUGGCUGGGCUGGAUCCUUCACCUCCACGCUCUGUUCACUCCAUGACGGCAGAGGAAACGUGGACUCUCCUUGGAUAUCCUUUUAGCAGACCACUCGCCACCUUCGUUACUCGCCAGCACAGCACCAUGGAACACGGGCGGCCAAGACACACAGAAGGGCCACGCCAGAUACGCCAGCAAACUCUUCGACCAGUAGGCCCGCACCCAUACUCGCCCAUGCCGCCCACACGCCCUCAUGCCUCCCGCCCAGGCUUUCCUUCCCGCCCAUGGACUCCAAAACCACCAUCCCACCCUCGUGUUCCCAUCAACCACCCAUUACCACGCCCAUUGCCACGCCCACCGCAACGCUCACUGCAACGCCCACCGCAACGCCCACCACCUCGCCCAUUGUCACGUCCUCCUUUCUCGGACAUCAAGCCUAUGUCUGCACCCCGCCAGCCCGGCACCUACACCCCCGAUCCCCUCAGUGUUCAUAACGUUGCUGGCCCUCCUUAUGUCAACACACCUCCUACUUACAUCCUGGGACGAAGCGACGCCACCACCACCACCACCGCUUUGCCCUCUACCACCAAUAAGGUAUGGGUGUCCUCCUUCGAUGCAUGGCAGCCUAAAACUUCGACGUCACCCUCCAUCAACUCCCGCCCCUCGCCUACACUUCCUCCAGGCCAAGAUGAGGAUCCAUGGGGACCUUUUGAAAACCCAGAAUGGCUCAACAAGUGGGACCACCGGUGGGACCAACACUGGCCGUCUGACUGGAGCACCAAGAAAGACUCAAGGCCCACAGACGCAAAGGAUUCCUCCUCCUCCUCCCCUGACAGUUUUCCAGCGAAGGAUACCAACACGCAGGAUGCUGGGGAGGACUAUGAAAACUACGUACCCGAGGAAACACUGAUGGAAAUCCUCCUGAAGAACCACAGACUGCCAGACGAGACGACGCCUCACGCAACUCACGACCCACGACACACAACGACGCAACGGCAGCAUUAUGACGACGGCGGCUCUAACAGUGUGCCGCGCGCCACGACCACCCCGCAGACCGUCAGCGUGAGCAGGUACUCCGAGAUCCCUUUGACCAAACCCAAGCCACACAAGGACGCAGGAUCCUUCCCGGGCAAGCACAAACACCGUUACCCGCCCCGGCCAUUCGUGAGGCACCGGGAGGGACCACAGGACAUCAAACCUCUGCCUCCACGGGGCUGGGAACGACCCCCGGGAAUGCAAACACCCCCGGGAGGAAUCCAGAGAAAAACGCACAAGUUGACUGAGUGGAGUGUCCCUUGGAGGCCAAACUUCGCCGCCAUGGUCCCGGUGGCUACAAGACGCAGGAUACGACGCGCCAUCUGUCUUCACUGAGACAAAGCACCACACUCUGAAAUGCUUUGCUCUCUCACGACGACUAUUUUCAAAGGCUCUGGUUGAAGAUACUCAUGUUUCUAAGAGUAUUUUUAAGGCUCUGGUGAUGGAUUAACAAGAUUUCUAGUUUAUCAUAAGGAGAAACUGUCUUGAAAACCCUGCUAGUCGUCUCUGGGAACUUGAAAAAUUGUUGUAGUGAGAAAGCAAGGCGAUUCUGAAUAUGGCCGUAAGCACCACACUCUGAAACACUUCCGCGACGCACCGCUAUUACAUUUCAAAGAGCUGUAGUUGAAGUGAUACUAAUUUCUUUUAUGUUUUUAGUGUUCUGGUGACAGAUUAAGGUUUUUACAGUAUCAAGAGGAGAAACAGUCUUGAGAAUCUGGCUAAUUAACUGUCUGGCCUUUGAAAGUAAUUGUGGCAAGAGAGUGAAGCCUUUCUGAAUACUGCCCUAAUGGUAACAAUGAAUGAUUAACCCCUUCAGUACUGGAACGCAUUAUUACCAUGAGUUUUGAGUAUGAUUAGACGACUUUAUUUACACUAGCAAGGUUCUAUGGAGAUCAGAAGGUUAGUGGUCCAGAAUCUUCACUAUUUCAAUCCCCCCAUGAGAUUUUGAAGCUGUAUAAAAUCACGUAACAAUAACCUGAAUAAAUAUAAAGACGUGUCAUGGUUCUGAAGGUGUUAACGCCAGUUCGUGUUUGUCAACAACAAGAAUAAACUCAUCUCCUUCAAGUGACAGAGCUGCAGGUGGUAUGCAGUAUUAGUUACAGCCACCUGACUUCCAUUUUACCCUUUUGAUUAAUUGAGGAAGUUGAAACAAAGUACAAAGCUUAGGUAAGUU